AUGUCGUGCGGAUCUACUACUGAACAAUCACGAACUCGUGGAGAACGACGAUGGAAAUCUACUCGGGACUCUCAAUUAUAUUGUCGACGUGGGUCGGUUCAAUUAUGGCAAUUCUUAUUAGCUCUGCUCGAAGAUGGUCUGAACGGGACGAUUAUUAUUUGGACAGGAAAAGGUUUGGAAUUCAAAUUAGUAGAACCUGAAGAAGUUGCACGUCUGUGGGGCGUACAAAAAAAUCGUCCGUCGAUGAAUUAUGACAAAUUGUCCCGAUCGCUUCGUUAUUAUUACGAAAAAGGUAUCAUGCAGAAAGUCGCUGGCGAACGUUAUGUUUAUCGUUUUGUAUGUGAUCCUCAAACACUUUAUCCAUUCAUAUCGCGCAAUGGACAAAUGACUAAAGGUUCAACGUUGAUUUCUCCGAAGAUAUCUGCAAUUCCAUCAGCCAACAAAUCUUCUUCGUCAUCGUCGUCAACGAACUCCGCAUUUUACUCUUCAUCAUCAACUAGCAAAAUCAAACAACAUAUCAGAUCGGAUGAAAACUAUGUUCCUUUUUAUCCAUCAACGUUCUAUCCGAAUACAUUUCAAAGUUCAUUUUCAUCAUAUCCAACACCCUCAUCAUCAACCAAUGUUUAUUCAACAAAUGAAUCGAAGUUGAAUUCGAAUAAUCCCUAUUGGGCAAGACAUUCAUUUUAUAAUACAUCAAAUCAUUACACAUUUCCUUCGUUUGAUACCAAUGGAAUCAUUUCGUCGACACCACCACAGACUGUUCCGCACGAAACAUUAAACAAUCAUUCAAGCAUUGAUAAUUUAUCGUCCUAUUUUACAUACAAUCCCACCAAUGGAAUUAAUAAAUUAUCAACUAUUCAUAAUGAUUGUUCAACAAAUUAUGACUUUUAUUCAUAA